CGAUCACUGUUUCCCUGUGUUUUUCACCUUAUUUGUGUCGGUGACGAUAAUUUUUCAUGACGAAAAAAUUAGAUCUUAUUAGAAAUUUAUUACCAAAGUGUAAAUGGACAUUAUUUGAUUGCAAUUGAAAGUAGUUUCGCGAGUGUUGACUUUGGUGUAUGAAUAUAGUGUUUUUUUUGUUUUGGGGUAAAAAAAAAGUUUUACACGAAACAGGAAAUCAACAGAGUGGUGGUCGGGAAACUAGUGUGUGAGAGACGACCAUCUUGACGAACAUCGGCUUUGUCGGGUUCAAGAGACACAAGAGAAACGAAACCGCGGCAAUGGCAUCGUUCCAAGGAAUAUCUGAUUUUAAUAAGCGAAUGCGACCCUUGUAGUCAUUGAGUCACUAAUUGUUGUUGAAAUUUAAGUGAAGCAAGUGUUUUAUAAUAACAAAAAUACAAGAUUUUAAUCAGUAAUUUUGUGUGACUUUUUGAGAGACAAAUACUUGUAAAAAAAAGAGAAAAAAUGUCCGAGGGUGGCGGUUCGACGAUACAAAUCAACCCGAAAGUAAUUAAAGUCGCUCAAGAGGAAAUGGGCAGAUUAGACGUUCUAGUUUGUGGUCAGUGUCACUCUGUAUUUCAUUUCGUCGAAGAAUUCCAGGAGCAUCGAGUCAAGGAUGGUGCCUGCUCGAAAGUUUCCCAAUUUCGGGAAAAUGCCAAUAAUGAACAAAAAGCACAAUUGUGGGCGUUUUUACUUUGGAAGGACUCGCAAAUUCAUCAGGAAGGUGGCGACAAAGAUGCGACAAAUUCAUGGAAAUUAUAUCAAAAAUGGUGUAAAAUGGAUACGCAUAUCAGAAAUUCUUGGAUCACUGCGGGGAAAACAAUUCAAACAUUUACAAAAAUUAGUAAUACAAAAAUGCAAGACAUUAGUCGGCAAUCGUCACAAAAUUCCUCUGUCGAUGGAUCAAAAUCGGUUGUGAUGCGAAAAGUAAUAAGAAAUGGACAACCCGAAGAGACGGAAAUGAAAAAAGAUAUGAUUAAAGGACCAGAAGCUAAAAUGCAGAAGGUCGAUAUUGUUGAGGCCGAACAAGAUAAGGAUAAGAAGAAUAAAUUGAAACCCUCCGUUAAACCUAAGUCAAAAAUGGGAAAGAGUUUAGCUGACAAUGAAAAUAGCGAUGAGGAAUAUGUUGUGGAGAAAAUUUUGGCUAAACGAUUAAAUCCGAAGAAGAGAUGCUACGAAUAUCUUUUGAAAUGGGACGGCUACGCGCAUGAAUAUAACACAUGGGAACCAAUUGACAGUGUUUCGACUUGCAAAUACUUGCUCGAAGAAUUUGAAAGAAAUCUUGCAAAACAGAAGGAACUCAAGGCACAACAGGCUGCUAAAAAUGCCCUGAGAGCUGGAGGAACAGUACAGAAAACACUCGUUAAAGCUGAGAAUGUGAAACCCGGUCCGAGUUCUGCGUCACAAGCUGGAAGACCUAUGCGUUCGAGUAAAACUAAGGCAAUGGAUCAAGUGAAACAAUGGUGCGGAUCGAUGAAAGACGAAGAAGCAGAAUCAGUAUUAGGCAAGAGAAAAAUCCCCUACUCGGACAGUGAUUCAGACAGUGCAGCGAAACGUGCAAAAGGCGAGACAGCAAGCGACGACGAUUGGACUGCCGAGUCUGACGAUGAUAAAUUACCAGGACGCAGUGACGUUAUUCAACGAGCAUUUCAUCGUGCCAAUGUACAAUCCAAUGGCUCUAAUCGAACAAUUGUCACCAGUUCGGAUAUUGGCGAUGGCCUUAAAUCGAAUCAACCCGUAUUGGUCGCUAAUGCAAAAGGUGUCGUUAAAGUUGAUCCGAAACAAGUGCCGAAUUUAUCCUCAGGCGUUUAUGUGAUGUCAAGAAAAGAUGGAAUAAUAAAACUCGAUUCAUCGGCUGGCAAUAAAAUGGGAGUGAAAAGUGGCUCGCCAGCCCAACAGGGACAAGUUAUAAUGGUACAGGGACGUGAUUCAAAUAUUGUGAGAAAGCAGGUAAUUUCAGCCUCGCCUUCAAAUUCAACGACACCUGUUAAAGUUAUUUCAAAACCCGAUGGCACACAAGUUUAUACGCAAAUGAAAGUUGUUCAAUCGAAGAUGACACCCACUAAGCAGCAGCAACAAUCGCAAGUUACGUCGCCGAAAUCUGAACCAGUGAAAAUACAACCGAAACCCGAUCUCAAUCAAAUGCAACAGAUUCAUGUUGUCACGGCCGUUCCGUCGCCGAUUCAAUUACAACCCAGAAUUACUACAGGAAUUCGUCCGGGAGUGACAACAGUGCAACGAACUCCGGAUGGAAGAACAAUAAUUCCACGCGGUAACGUUCGUCAGAAUACACCGUCGAAUAUUGUCAACGUUGGGGGGAUACGUUCACCAGUGCGAGCGCCAAUGUCGCGACAAGCGACGCCACGUCAAGUUUUACAGAAACGUUCGCCAAUGGUCGUGCAGCAGAGUACAGUGACAACACCAAGUCCCCUGGGUCAAAUGAGACCGAAGUUCAACGUGACCCAGGGAAGCAGCGUUGGAAGCAUGGUGAAGAAGGCGAGUCCAGUGCCAACGAAGCAAAUACAAAAAGUAACACCCAACAAACCACAAUCGUUAAUUGCGCAGCAAACGCAGCAGAAGUUGCUAAUGGCCAAGCGGAAAGCACAGGAGCAAGCAGGAAUGAAGCCAACACCACGAGGCCUGCUAGCGGGUGCGAGGGCGUCGCAAAUCCGCGGCAAACCGAAGCCAGAGCAGCUGAAUCAGUCGAACAAGCCAAAGGAGAGUAAACUGGCCGAGGGCGACGGUCUGCACAUGGAGUUCCACGAGGUGAAUUCCGAGGAGAGCAGCAGUGAGGAGGAGACCGAGGCUCCAGUUGUCGAGACCGGGGCGAAUGUCGCGUCGACCGAACCCGAGAGUCCACCGCGUGACUUCACUCUCUGUCCGCUGACCGGCAGGAUUAUCGGUCCGGACGGUGAGCCUAUUGAUCAACCGGAGCCGGAACCACAGGAGCCAACGCCACCGACGCCUGUACAGAUUGUCGCCUCGGCCGACAUCAAUCCCGAAGGCGGCGCGUCCGUGACAACGGCCGAAAUCGUCCUCCCCUCGCUCGACGGCCUCACCGACGGCUCCGGAAUGAUGAGGGUCGAAAUGAGUCCCGGCGGAACGACCGGCACCAUCGUGCAGACAUCCUCCGACGAUCAAAUUGCCAUCACGAACGUUGCACCCGAUCUACCUUGUCUCGACGACAGUGGCACCGAGACCAUCGUCCCGCUAACGACACAAACCGAAGCGACGAAAACAGAAACUGUCUCAACAGUCACGGCGACGUCGACAACAAGCAGUACGACCCAGUCAACGGAAGUUGCCAAGACCUCGUCGUCAGCGACCGAGAAAGCAACGGAAGAGACGGAGCAAAAUGACGAGGAGAAGAACGCCGACGAGACGUCUAAUCUGGUGACGAUAACGGGCGACGAUGGUGUUGUUUAUCAAGUUGCGGGUCAAGCUGAGGAUGGACAGACACUGUUGGUGACGCGUGGUGAUGGGGAACAAUUGUGUGCGUACGUGACUGCCGAUCCACAAGAGGAGGGUUCGGUUCUAACGCUGGAUCACGCUGUGGCUGAAGCGGUCGCACAGUUGUUGCCCGAUCAGACCAAUCUUGGAUCACAGUUUUACGUCAAGGAGAGCGAGGGAGGCGAAUCGGGGGAAAACAAUGAAAUGGUCAUGUCAAUUAUGGAUAAUUCGCAGGCAAAUGCCGUUGCUGGUUCACAGGACGAGUCUGAGGGACAAGUUGUUGCACAAGUUGUACAAGCUGAUGAUCCAACACCAGGCGGAACGAGAAGAGUCGUUUUAUUACUUCCCGAUGGAAACUUAAUGAUGACGGAAGUCGAUGAGGAACAAUACGCAGCUCUGGAGCUCGACAAGUGAACAGUUAUUAGUGAUCUUGGACUCAAAUUUUAAAAAACAGAAGAGUAAACAAAAAAAAGAUAAGUAGCUAUUUUGCUACAUUGAAAUAACACUUUCAUUUCAAAAAAGAAGAAGAAGAAAAGUGUGUACUUUGAAAUAACAAUUAUCGUGAGUCGUCUAUGUAUAUAUAUAUAGGGACGUUCACUUUAUAAAAUUCAGUGACAUUAAAUUAAAAAUGACAAUUUCACACACACAUACACACACAUACACAUCUUUUGUUUUAUUUUCCAAAAAAAAAUGAAAUGACUUUGCUAUUAAAAAAAAAACAAAGGAAAAGAAAAAAAAUUGUAAAGAAUAAGCAAAAGACAAAAAAAAAAGAAAAAAAGAUGAAAAGAUAAAGAAAGUCGAUCACUUGAAAUUGAAUCAAUCUAUGUGCUAUUGUAGAUUAUACACUACAUUUAUAUACUGUAAAAUCCAUGUCUCAAUGUAUUACAGUUGGCUGACAAUUUUAUUUUUUAGGGUAUAUAUAUAUAAAAAAAAUAAUAAUAAUUAAUUUAUGUCGAUUCAAAAAAUGUGUAAGGGGGAAAAAUGAAAAAACAAGUGUUUUUGCUUUUGAAGUAGCAAUUGUAUCAUCUUUAGCUACUACUGCAAAACAAUUGUCAGAGAAAACAAAUACACACAUUUAUAUAAUUAUGUUUUAAGAAAAAGGAGAAGAAAACGUACCAUAUAUAAUCUAGGGUUUUAUAUUUCUCUCUUUCUCUUGUAUUAAUUUUGUUGUCCAUUAUGUUCGACGAUUUCUUCUCAAUAUUCGAGAAAUUUCUUAUUGUGAUUUUGCUGGCAAUUAUGGUAUGAAGCCAUGAUGCAUAAUCGAGGAAAAAAAUGAUUAACUUGAAACUAGUUUAACUUGUCAAUAAAAUUUUUUUUUUAAUUA